UGCCCUCGGAACGAGGACUCUACCUCCCAUGGUGCUUUGCGCGCAAACGAAGAGGUGCCGGCAGGAGGCGCCUCCUGUCAAGGCGCGAAUGCCGCUGGCGGCGAACGAAACCUGCCAGGCCGUGCUGGGCCUGCGGCAACGACGAGCCCUCAGGCUGGCGAGUAGCCCCGCGUCGACUGCCUCCGCGCCCCGGAGUUCUGAGUGGUUCUGGGCCCCGCUAAUCCUGGUUACUUUCCUAAGCUUCGCUACCCGCUUUUAUCGUUUGCGGGAGCCGCCGCACGUCUGUUGGGAUGAAACGCAUUUUGGAAAGAUGGGAAGCUAUUACAUUAAUCGGACCUUUUUCUUUGAUGUCCAUCCACCUCUGGGGAAAAUGCUAAUAGGACUGGCUGGCUACCUGAGUGGCUACAAUGGGACAUUUCCUUUUCAGAAGCCAGGGGACAAAUAUGAAGAACACAGCUACAUAGGAAUGAGAGGGUUCUGUGCAUUCCUUGGUUCAUGCCUGAUUCCCUUUUCUUACCUCACGGUGCUGGAAUUGUCCAAAUCACUGCCUGCAGCAAUGCUCACAGCUGCCAUCCUGAUUUUUGACACAGGGUGCAUUACUCUAUCACAAUACAUUCUGCUUGAUCCCAUUCUGAUGUUCUUCAUCAUGGGAGCUGUAUUCAGUAUGGUCAAGUAUAAUUCUUUUGCAAACAGAGCCUUUUCUGCCCCCUGGUGGUUCUGGCUGUGCUUGACUGGGAUAAACCUUGCAGGUGCAAUGGGGGUGAAAUUUGUUGGCCUUUUUGUAGUCCUCCUGGUUGGACUGAACACAGUAUAUGAUCUUUGGGAGCUGCUUGGAGACCUCAGUCUCUCACUGGUCACUUUGGGGAAGCACUUCUUUGCUCGUGUGCUCUGCCUCAUUAUGCUGCCUCUUGCCCUCUAUACAGCUCAGUUUGCAGUUCAUUUUGCAGUACUGAACAGGAGUGGGCCUGGUGAUGGCUUUUUCAGCUCUGGAUUUCAGUCCCGGCUGAUUGGGAACAACCUUCAUAAUGUCUCUGUUCCGGAGUACCUAGCAUAUGGCUCCGUGGUAACAAUGAAGAACCUUCGUAUGGCAGGUGGAUACCUUCAUUCACAUUGGCAUCUGUAUCCUGAGGGAGUGGGAGCACGGCAACAGCAGGUCACUGCAUAUUUACACAAAGACUUGAAUAAUUUAUGGAUUAUAAAGAAAUACAACUUGAAUACAGAUUAUGCAGACUCUUCCUUUCCUGUGGAGUUUGUGAAGCAUGGAGAUGUUAUCCGUCUAGAACACAAAGAGACUUCUAGAAACCUGCACAGUCACCAGCAUGAGGCCCCAUUGACAAGAAAGCACCUUCAGGUCACUGGGUAUGGCAUAAAUGGGUCUGGGGAUUCCAAUGAUUUCUGGCGAAUUGAGGUUGUGGGAAGAAAGUCUGGGAAACUUAUCAAAGUCCUACGUAGUCAAAUCCGACUGAUUCAUCUGGCUACAGGCUGUAUCUUGGGUUCAACUGGCAAAACCCUGCCAAAAUGGGGCUGGGAGCAGGUGGAAGUCACUUGUACUCCAUACCAGAAGGAGUCUCCUAAUUCCCUCUGGAAUGUUGAAGACCACAUCAAUCCCAGGUUGCGCAAUAUCAGCCUGGAUGUUCUGAAACCCUCCUUUCCAGAGAUUCUUCUGGAGUCUCAUAUGGUUAUGAUCCGAGGAAACAGUGGCCUCAAACCAAAGGAGAAUGAAGUCACGUCCAAGCCCUGGCACUGGCCCAUCAAUUACCAGGGCCUGCGUUUUUCUGGGGUGAAUGAGACCGAUUAUAGGGUUUAUUUGCUUGGAAACCCGGUGAUCUGGUGGCUGAAUCUGAUCACUGUUGGCUUAUAUCUCAUAAUGGCAAUGUUCUUAUCUGUGGCCAUCAAGAGGGGAGCUCACCUAACAGCUGAGCGGAAAGAGCUUUCCCAAGUCCUGUUGCGUGGUGGAGGACUGAUCAUGCUGGGAUGGCUUCUCCAUUAUCUUCCGUUCUUCAUGAUGGGCAGAGUACUAUAUUUUCAUCAUUACUUCCCGGCCAUGCUCUUCUCUUCCAUGUUGACAGGGAUUACAUGGGAUGUACUCCUGAAAUUCUGUGCUGGGCUCCUUUCAGCCAGCACCCAAGUUUAUAAUUGUGGGAUAGUGCUGUUGAUUCUGCUCAGUGUGUACAGCUUCUACCUCUUCCAUCCUCUCUCUUACGGGAUGAUAGGACCUCUGGCAUCUGAUCCCUACAGUCCAAUGGCUGGGCUUCGGUGGCUGGAAACAUGGGAGUUCUAAAUCCAGCGUGAAACAAAGGAAUACUAGGAGAAAAGUUGUGAAAAACUUCUAACCGCUCGACAAAAGCUGUGAAGAAUUUGCCCCGACAGCAUUUCUGUGCUGGGUCAAUGGACUGUUCUGCUUGAGGUCUGAAAAAAGAAGCAGCCAUCAGGAUGCAUCCCAGUCUAUAACCUCUGCCAUGGGGCCUAGGACUCCAGUUACUUGAGCCAGCUCCUGCUUUAAAGUCUGAACCAUCCAAGCAAUACACUUAGUCAGCCAGCUGUGGCCUUCACAGCAGUGUCAUUUGUUUGUACGUUAGAGGAUGCAUGGGUUUUUGCAAGCAUAUAUUUUGUGUCUGCCUGUCUCUGGUUAUGAAUCAUUUAGAAAAGCACAGGAACAGUCAUGUGGACACAGAAAGGAAACAAUCUUCUGAGACUGGGAUGCAGUUCACUUUCAUGGCAAUUUUUAAAACGGUGUGUUUAGGUAUUAUAUACACUUACACACCUAUGUGCGCACAUGUUAUGUUUCUGAAAGAGCAUAGCUGCUGCUCUGAUCCUCAGGAACUUGGAAACCUUACAGCAGCUUGAAGCCUUCCAAGAUUCUGUGCCUUGCCUGGCCCUUGAACAGAAAGGCAAUGACUGCUUUGUAUCUUUGCAUUAAUGCCUUUGCUCUGAGCAAAACUAACCACUUAAAAUAACCUUGUAGUUACCUACAAGAUCUCAUACAGGAAUGAAACUGUCAUCGCAUUGACCUUUUGCGUGAGGACUGUCCAACCAGAGGAAGCUGUUUAAUUUCUAUUGUAUCCUAUCCUAAAUUCCUCUGAUGGGGAGAAGUGAUGCCUUUUGGGUGAGGCAAAAGUGGAUAUAUAAUAGGCUAGAGCUGAUGCAGGAAACUGUCACUCAUCCUGUCAGCCUCACUAAUUCUCCUGCCUGUGGGUAUCUCUCUAAUGAAUGUAGAGUAUGCAGAAUAUGCUGCUAAUGGUAAUAUAUUGGUGCAUUUUUUCUUUUAGAUGCAUAUUGACUUCUGAGAAGAAAACUAUCCUCUUUGCUGUGGUAAUUUAUCUAGCAAAAGGGUUUGCAGCUGGAGGACAGAACAAAAACUCUUGAACUAGUUCAUGGAAAGGACUACCAAGUCUCUACCAAGAGCAAGUGGAAUAAAUGCCCUGAGAAAAAAGGGAGUGUCCUGUUUCCUCCUACAGAAUGUUCCCUUAGUACUUGUUCCUGGGCAUCAUAAUUUCUCCAAAGCAAAUUUGAUUUCUGUUCCAACAACAUGGGGCCUUAAAGCUUUCUUUGCAUAUAUGUCAAGGAAGCUGAGGCCAUCAAUUCCAGAAAUUUCAUUUCAGGACCAAAUUGAAGCCUGCCACUUCCCCAUCCCCCUCUGGCAUCAUGAAAAGGGCUAUCACUGUUGGCAUGGAGACUGUAUGCCAGCGUUCCCAGGAGAGGCUUGGAUGGCUGUGAGGUAUCUUGACUGUCUGAGGUUUAGGCUGCCAGAUACAUUAAGAGGAGAAAUGCAAGGCUUGUUUUUACUUAGAUGGCUUCUUCAGCCAAUGUAAGAAUGUCACAUCCAUGUCUUUAGUUAGCAGCAGUGAGCUUAGGUAUUCAUCCCUCAUAUAGUACAAUUAUUAAAGGGACCCAGCCUUUCAUCAUAAUUCCCUCACCAAUAAGAAUCAUUACACUAAUGGUUUUGAUGCUCUUCAGUUACUGGUUUUGAUGCUCCUAUGGUUCCCUGUAGCAAAAAACACUGCUAUAACUGACCUGGGCUUCAGAGAUCACAUAUAGAAAAUGAGAGAGAGAGUGAAACUUUCCAUUGCUCUGCAUCUGUGCUGUGGUGAGAGACAGUAGACUGCAUGUACAACUGGUCAUACAGAGUAGGAGUAUAGUUGUUUGUAAGAAGAAGGCAAAUAUUACUAAGAGCAUUACUAAGGGAGCUGAGAGCUUACACCUCCACGAAGGGCUCAAGCAUUAGUCUUGAAUAGAGUUUCCUGGAGCAAUAUCCCACGUAUUUACCUGAAUCAAUAUGAAAUUUCCAAGUUCUGUUUUGUAUUUUUCUAUAGCAGCUGAAUAUAAUGCACCUUUUAGAGCAGUAAUUUAAUUCUGUAAUAGCUGAAUAUAAUGCAUCUUUUAGAGCUGUGGUUGCUUUUUAGGGGAGGGAAACCAGUGCAGUAUUUUCCUUUUAAAUUCAGAAUAUACAGAAUUUCUGUACAUUUCUUUCAAGAGUUCUGCCGUAACCUGCCUAUUUGCAGUCUGUCCAGUUCUGAGAAGCUUCUCACCAUGUGAGCUGUCCCUUGGCUAAAUCGUUACUGCUCUCUAAAGCUGCUACUACUUCUGUGACUUGUCUGGCAGGACUGCUCUAUCUCUUUGGAAAGUUAUUGCAGACCAUAACAAAUACAGAAUCUGAUUUUUAAAAAAUCAACAAGCUGCAAACUUGUAAUUCCUGUUUGCUGUUACUCAUAGAACUCUGCUGAUUUAUUGGUCACUGGAAGGCUGGCCUGGUUUCUUGUCCAUCUGAAAUGGGUUCUAGUAAAAACCACUGGAGGGCCCCCUUAACCCUUCCAAAACCAAUAACACAGUCACAGAAAGAGCUGUAAGGUUUGGGGUGGUGGUGGUUAUUGUGACUUUGCUGGAGAGUGAUUGUGCAUUGGCUGGUUGGGGGGCAAAUAAAUGGUCUUCUGCCUGGCAUAGGAUGGUAAUGGAUUUUGGUGUCUUGUAGUGCAUUACUUCCUUUCUGUGCCUCUGAUCGUGGCUUACUUAAUUUUGAAAUCUUAACUUUGUGAUGCACCUGGGUUGUGCCACACAACUAAUUAACAUCUUCUAUCUGUAUGCUAAACCCUUUUCUGUUUUUCUAAAAUUUCCAGAGUUUUUUAAAUCCUUUCUGGAUUGUCUUUGCAAUGUAAUCCAUUGCAGUAUAAUUCCAAGUAAAAUGUGGAUUAGAGGAUAGAGAAAGGAAUAUCAUUAUUACAAAGGAUGUAAAAUCAGUUUCUCUGUCUAGUAGAAUAGAAUACAGAUCAAAUGGUUAGUUUUCUUGACUGCACAAUCUCUGUAGAAUAUAGGCGUCAUUGGCUCUGCAGAUUUCAUUGAUUAGGUUUAAAGGGCCGUAAGUGGCUUGUUCUGUUGUUUGCUGUCCAUCUCCUCUUUUCAAAUGAUUGUGUUAGGAUCAUUAACUUCCCUACCAACGGAUAAACCUGUUGGUCUAGGCAAUGGACUCAGCAGUCAGUCCUGCAUAUUUAAACAUACUUAGAAUGAUGUUUCCCUAUCCCAUCAGUGCUCUUGCCUGAUCCGAGGUAAAUUAUAUCAUGAUGGAAUAUUUGCUAGCUGUGGAAUUAUAAAGGAAAUGCCUUUCCUUGAGAAAAGAAUCAUGCAGUCUUUUCUUCCCUGUGAGUGCGGGACUAACAAUAAUGGUAUUUUCUAGGAGACAAGAGGGUUAAAAAUCAGCAAUAAAAGACUGCCCUCCCUCAUGGCUGUGCCCUCUCCCUCUGUCUAAUGAAUGCUGUAUCCUAAAAAAAGCUGUGCUGUGUACUUCAUGUUCAUGUCUAGAGUAAAGCAAAUCAUGUUUCUUUCAGCCACCACUGUAGUUUUCUUUAUAAAGGUUUGGACCUUAAGCUCCCUUUUAGUAAGCAGGCUCCUUUCUUGAACAGAAGAGUCCUCAUUUAGCAAAAAUAAACCUGAUGAUCCAUCCCAUAGGAGGUUGGUAUACAGAGCUGAACUACACAUUCAGAAACACCGACAUGGUACAGCCCUUCCUGAACUGUACUUAUUCAGACUGCAGGUCUUGCACCCACUGAACCAGCACAUCAGGCAGGUAAGGCUAGAAUCUUCUCUGUUCUGAAGCAGGGGCUUUACCAUGUCAUUUCUGAAUUUGUUGUUCAUCUCCAGUUUCAUUGCUUUAAGGAAGUGAUUUGGGCUCUGCCUUAGGCAUCAUAAUAUGGCUAUAGAUAGUAUGAUGAUUGCCUUUCUAGUGACCCUAGACAACCUUUUGUACUAAUGCUGCUAAUACUGGAGUAUAUGUGUGUAUGAAUGAGCAUGUGUGUUUUGUACAUGACCACUGCCUGUACUUUUAACUGAACUUAUUUCAUUGUUCUGCAAUGUACAUGGUACAAAAAAAAGAACUGGUAGUGUUUUUUGUAAAGGGAUUAACUGA